UGCUGCUUGCUGUCCACAAUUGCUAAGGCAUCUUGCAAGCAUGAAAGGUGAAAUCGUUCGCCAGCUUGGAAUGUGAACCCACACUCUCUUUCUACUGUAUGCUCGAUACCACACACGGUCUACAGGUACUGAGAACUUGCAGUCUGAAAACUGGGAUGCUGGAAUUUAAAAAUAAGGUGUUGGACAGUGAAGUGAGUCUGUCUAUUGCACACAUCUGAAUCAGUCUGUUAACGCGUGUAAGUAAUGGUUAGCAUUUGUCUUUUAUGAAACAUAUGGGGGCUCCGGCGAAAUACUACUCAGAGCAGGAAAGUGACUCUAUACCAUUCUCUGUUGGAGAAAUAAUGCGUAAUACGACGGCAGACGCCGAAAAGGAACUGAUAACUCGAACUGUAACCGGCUGCCUUCUUGCUGUGCUUAUACUGUGGACUUUAAUAGGAAACAUUCUGGUGUGCUCCGCUGUGAUCAAGUUUAGGCACCUUCGAACUAAAGUUACUAAUAUCUUUAUAGUGUCUCUGGCUGUGUCUGAUUUAUUUGUUGCCGUAUUGGUGAUGCCGUGGAAAGCUGUAGCUGAGGUUGCAGGUUACUGGCCAUUUGGCACUUUCUGCAAUAUUUGGGUGGCUUUUGACAUUAUGUGCUCCACUGCAUCCAUUCUUAACCUAUGCGUUAUCAGUGUGGACAGGUAUUGGGCUAUCUCCAGCCCUUUCAGAUACGAGAGGAAAAUGACGCACAGGGUGGCAUUUGUAAUGAUUAGUGUAACAUGGACAUUAUCUAUACUUAUUUCAUUCAUACCCGUGCAAUUGAACUGGCAUAAAGCCAGCUCUGGGCCUGAUGGGACAAACAACACCACUACUGAGAAACAGACGGAAGACUGUGACUCGAGUCUUAACCGAACAUAUGCCAUAUCCUCUUCUUUAAUUAGCUUUUAUAUCCCUGUUGCCGUUAUGAUUGUGACUUACACUAGAAUUUACAGGAUUGCUCAAAUACAGAUCCGGAGGAUUUCUUCAUUAGAAAGAGCAGCGGAGCACGCUCAGAGCUGUCGGACCAAUCGAUUGGAAUGUCAGCACCACAACUCACUGAAGACAUCUCUCAAAAAGGAAACCAAAGUCUUAAAAACUUUGUCUGUGAUCAUGGGGGUAUUUGUUUGCUGCUGGUUACCUUUCUUUAUUUUAAAUUGCAUGGUCCCUUUUUGUGACAGGACCGCUGACCACGAGUCUGGUUUUCCUUGUGUGAGUGAAACGGCUUUUGAUGUGUUCGUUUGGUUUGGCUGGACAAACUCGUCUUUAAAUCCGAUCAUAUAUGCGUUCAACGCUGACUUUAGGAAAGCUUUUUCUAGCGUUUUGGGCUGCCGUAAUUUUUGUUCGAGCACCGCUGUUGAAACUGUGAACAUAAGCAACGAGCUCGUGUCCUAUAACCAAGAUACAUUGUUUCAUAAAGAAGUCGUCACUGCUUAUGUUAACAUGAUUCCCAAUGCGAUGGACUGUGUUGACGAAAACGACGAGACUUUUGACAGGAUAUCUCAAUUGUCCCAAAACAACGAAAAUGGAACAGAUUCGGUUUGUGAUUUGGAGGACUGCGAAACGGACAUCUGUAUGGAUAGGAUAACACCGUUCACUCCGAAUGAUUUACAUUAAAUUAUAUUUACCUAUUCACCUUGGUUACAUUUAAAAAGUCUGAAAGAAUGUAGAUUUUAUAGUUCGUAUCCAAUGUUUUGAACUUGCUAUGAUAUUCAAUACAUGUGCUGUAAUAGUUAAUUAGUCUAUAUUGAGUAUCCAGUAGUGUAAUAUAUAAAUAUGAAAAAUGUGUUAUCAUCAGUAUUAUGUUAUUGUUAGUUAAGGCCAUUGAAAAGAAACACAAAUUUUCAAACUCAAACUGAAGGAUUUCAUAUUAUUAACUCUUUCAGGACUAGCCAAGUCUAAAGCUCAAUCAAAUUUAAAAUAGCCUCCAUGCAAAAGCACUUUUUUUUUAUUAAAACAAGAAAGAAAAAAUACAUCUAGUCAAUGUGAUGGCAUCAGUCCUGAAGAGUUUAAAUACGAUUUACUUUUGUUAUGUUGUCCUUUACUUAAAAGCACCUAUAUUUUUGGGUAAACCAUUGCACAUUAUUAAAAUUCUAAGCAUGAAAAAAGCACUGUCAUCAAGCAUGAAACCAGCACUUGCUUACUUAAUAUUUUAAACAGAACAGUGGUACAAAACUGUCAUCCUGCAUUCAGUUCUUUGUAAACGCCUGCAUAAAAAUAGCAUAAAAGCCUUAGUUCUGGGAUUAUCUGAAUAAUACAGAUUGCAAUACAAAAAAACUGAAAACUAGAUAAUAUAGAAUUUUGUACAGGUACAGGCACUUUAACCCAACAACCUUUGUAUUGUGCCAUCACUAUGGGUAGAAGAAACAGUGCUCUGCUGUUUUACAUUAUUAUCAUAUCAAAAUGCUAUGCUACAAAUAAACAUAUUGCAAAGUCUGUUAAAAACAAUAUUAAUCACAGUGCAUUCACCCCAAUGUCACACACAUUUGGCUGGGUAGUUUGUAAUUUUUGAGAUGGUAGGCUCUUAAGACCCCUUAUUAAAAUGUAGAAACCCCAGAGCAAACUCCACUAAAGGAGAUAAAGAAAAGAUCAUUUAAGUAUUUAAAGACAUUUGUAAACACUCUUCCUAUAUUUGAAAAGUUGCUCUUUAAUGCCUUACCAAUACAUGUAACAAAAUCAAUUCAGCACCUAUAAAGUGCUAAUAAAGUCUUGAUGAAUUAAAUCGUGUGGUGAGGUGGGCUUUUGAGGUUUGUGAACCAGCGGUAUGAACAUUCUAGCAACACCACAAGAGUUAACAUUAGGGUAAGAGCUACUUCAACUGUUCAAUUCAGUUAUUUAUUUAUUUUUACAAGACUGAUAACCCAUUGA